GAGACGGAAGGCGGUUAUUGCAGAGAGAGAUUGCAGAGAGGGAGGGGGAAAGAGAUUGCAGAGAGGGAGAGAGAGCUUGGGAUGGAGAGACGAAACCUUCAUCCCCUUUUUAUCAAUGGUGGUUGUUGGUGUGGUAAAUGGCGGUUGUUGGUGCGGUAAUAAUGAAGCUCUGAUGCGAUAAUAGUGCUGCAGGAUGUGGAUUGGCUGAACUGCUGCAAGGCUUGCUGGAGUUCCUUCAAUGGCUGGUGCUUCUUCUUCAUUGGCUGGAGCUUCAUGGCUAUAAUGGUGGUUGGUGGGUUGGCAAAGAGACGGCGCAAUGACUGGGCUCUGAUGCAUUUUUUACAAAUGCAGAGAGUGGGUAUUGAGCCCAACGAGAUGACUUUCUCAGUAGUGGUUGGUGUUAGUUGUAUAUCGGGGAGUGUUGAUUUCGGUUGGGCCUUACAUUGUCUGAUAUUGAAGAAGGGCUUUUCAUGCCAGAUUUUCAUUGCCAGUAGAUUGAUCACAAUGUAUUCUAAGUGGGAUCACAUCGAAGAAGCUCGUCAAGUUUUCGACGAGAUGCCUGAAAGAGAUGUUGUCUCGUGGAACUCGAUGAUUUCGGGUUACGGUCAGAAUGGACUAAGCAGAGAAGCAAUUAGUUUGUUCUCACUGAUGCUGGCGAAUGAUUUCAAUUGGAAAUCAUUGGUGAAUAAUUUCACAGUUGCAAGUGUCCUUAAGGCUUGCUCUGGUUGGGGAUGCAUUAAGAUCGGCAAGUCUGUGCAUAGUUAUGCAAUUAAAUUGAAUUUUCAUUCAGAUGUCAUUGUUGCAGGGUCCACAAUUGAUAUGUAUUCAAAAUGUGGUAGCUUGGAUUGGGCCGGUCGGGUUUUCGAUAGGAUGGGAAAACGGGAUCUCAUAGCGUGGAAUGCCAUGAUUAGUGGGUACGCUCAAAGUUCUUAUGCCGAAGAGGCCAUCGAAUUAUUUUUUCGGCUACAAUAUGCAGGCCUUCUUCCUAAUCAAACCACAUUUACAAGUAUAUUGAAAGGUCUGGCUGAGGUAGCUGAUGUUGCUCUUGGUCGAUCCUUCCAUGCUAAAAUCUUAAAAGGUGGAUGUCCAGCGGAUGUGUUUGUGGGCACUGCACUUCUUGAUAUGUAUUCGAAGUGUUUAGACAUGGAAGAUGCAGAGAGAGCUUUUGAGGAGAUGAAGAUAAAGAAUCUGGUUUCCUUCAAUGUGCUUAUCACAGGUUACAGUUUGAUUGAGAGAUAUGAGGAGGCCUUGAAAUCUUACAUUGAAUUGCGAAGAGGAAACAUGGAACCUGAUGAAUUUACACUCUCGGGCCUUCUCUCCUCAUGUACUGUAUUGGGCGCUUUGUCUGAAGGAACUGAAGUUCAUUCCCAUACAAUCAAGUUUGGUCUGGACUCAAAUGUUUAUGUCGCAAACUCUUUAGUUAGCUUGUAUUCCAAGUGUGGUUACAUGGACAGUGCAUUGAAGGCUUUCGAGUCUGUAGCAAUGCCAAAUGUCGUAUCUUGGGCUGGUAUUAUAUCUGCUUUUGUGCAUAAUGGUGAAGGAGAGAAUUCACUGAGAUAUUUUCACAAAAUGCAAAUGUCCUGUGAAAAGCCAGAUGAAUUCUCCUUCACUAGUGUUCUCAAGGUACUAGCAGGUUGGGCUGUCUUAGAGCAAGGAAAACACAUCCAUGCUUACGCUAUAAAAAUGGGGUUAGAAUCAGCUGUAUUUCUAGGAAGCGUGCUGAUCGACAUGUACUCGAAAUGCGGGAUUGUGGAAGAUUCAUUCAAAGUGUUCGCGAACAUGCCUGAGAAGAACGUUGUCUCAUGGAAUUCAAUGAUAAUUGCGUACGCUCAAAACGGGAUGAGUCAGAAAUCACUAUGCUUGUUUGGGGAUAUGAAGAAGAUUGGUCUGAACCCAACAUGCGUUACUUUCAUAGGCGUCCUACUAGCAUGUAGUCAUGCAGGUUUGGUGGAUGAAGGGAGAUGUUUUUAUGAUAUGAUGAUCCAUGACUUUGGGAUUUCACCCUCAUUAGAACAUGUCGCAUGCAUGGUUGACCUUCUUGGACGUGCUCGAUGUCUCAGUGAGGCAGAAACCUUUCUCACCAAUUCCCCAUUCUCAUCAGAGUCUACCAUCUGGCGGUCUCUUCUUGCAGCUUGCAGAGUUCAUAACUAUACGGAUAUUGGGAUUCGAGUGGCAAAGCAGUGUCUACGUCUAGACCCUCGCGACCCAGCUACAUAUGUUCUUUUAUCUGAUAUUUAUGCAUUAAAAUGCUCGUGGGCUGAAGUUGGAAGAAUCAGAGAUUUAAUGAGAGAUAUUGGUGUUGAGAAGGAUCCUGGUUGCAGUUGGAUUAGCAUUAGAAACGUGACACAUGUAUUUGUUGCAGAGGAUGCAAGAUACUCCCAGAAGAUGUCUGCGACACUAGAAAGCUUGAUGGUACAUUUGAAAACAUACAGUUGUGUUCUUGACACUAUCAUUGCAGUUCAUGAUGCUGCCUGCGCUUACUGAUGAUUUUGAGAAUCAGACGCACAGUCCCGAUUGUUAUAUCGAUGGUCAUCAAAUGGAUGGUUAGAAGGAGAGUUGGGAGGAGGUCCAAAUUGAUAUUUGUAUUAUGCUUCGUCCACAAGUUUAGCUGACAUUUGGCACAACUUGGAUUGGACUAUAUGAAUGUGAUGUAGAAUGGGCAUGCGUUUGCACGUGUCAUACCAUACUAGGGUAUCAUACAAUGCCUUGAUGGAUAGUUCUAUAAUUGUUGAUUAGUGGACAAUUGAAGGAUGUAUAGGUAUAUAGACAUACAAAUGGAUGGAUUGAUAUUGAAUUAUUAAAUGAGACAAAAGAUUUCUUUGUUGGA